AUGAAUGCAACGAGGCCUGGACUCGUCCACACCGCCGGCCAGGACCAGCGCUACGCGCUCAUGAAGGCCAACGUCGACGGCCUCAAGCCGCUCCAAGUCGGCAUGGCCGUCUGCGACCACCAAGGCCAGCAGGUCGCCUGGGAGUUCAACCUCCGCGACUUCUGCCGCCUCGCCGACGCGCACGAUGACAAGGCCCUCGACUACCUCGCCGAGCGCGGCCUCGACCUCGACACGCUCUGUAACCACAGUGUCGAUGCCUACAUGCUCGGCGCGCUGCCGUGGAUCACCUACGCCGGCGCCUACCACGUGACGUACCUCCUGAAUAUCGUCACGGGCGGCGCCCCGCUGCCGCACGACGUGGUCGGGUUCAUCGGCGCCAUGCAGUAUUACCUCGGCCAACAGGUCUAUGACGUUGCGACGAUGGCGGCCGGCUGCCCGGGCAUGCCGGUGGGGCUGGACCGCAUCGCCGCUGACCUGCGCAUCCAUCCGCCGUGGGGGAGCCCUCGUUUUGCAGGCGCCGCCGGCGUGCGCGCGCUUCUGGCCUUCAGGAUUUUGAAGGACGGGCAGUUUGGCGGCAACGUGGAGAGGUUUCGAGGCCUACUUCAGGGCCUGCAACAUUAG